AUGUCCGGUUUGAUGGUAUCGGCUGGAGAUUUUGGUUACAUCCCAUCGGUGGUCUUCGUUAGCUAUAUUGGCGGAAAGGGGAACCGAGCACGAUGGAUUGGUGGUGGAUGCAUUUUGAUAGCAGUGGCUAACCUCCUCAUCAGUUCAUCAAAUUUCAUGUUCCCUGUUGAACAAGUUAAACUCAGUUCAUCACAUAUCGGUGAGUAA